CACAUACAAACCACUUAUAUUGAGCAAGAAAAACCUGGAAUUAAUCUGUUGGAUUCCAAGUACUCCUAAUUUUCUGAGACUUUGCUGUCAUGGCUUUGCAAAUCGAAGAACAAUACGUUGAGUCACUCUCCUCCAUGGGACACAAACUAAGUGUCAAGAACUUCAUUUGGUCCAAGGAAGAAUGGCCAGCAAUAAAUCAUGAUGAGUUUACUGUUUCACAUGACAUUCCUGCAAUAAGUCUCCGAGAGAUUUCAGAUGGGAGAAGAAACCCUAAUUAUGAGAAGGUCUGCAAGGUCAUGGUGAAUGCUUGUGAGAAAUGGGGGUUCUUCAAGUUAGUGGAUCAUGGGGUUGCUUUGGAGAUCAUAGAGAAUUUCAAAGGGAGUAUGAAUGCCCUUUUUGAUCUUCCAAUGGAGCAGAAGCUGAAGGGUGUUAGAUCAGCUAGUUUACCAUUAGGUUACUGUGCAACAAAUCCUGAUUAUGGGAAGAAUUUGCCUUGGGCAGAGAUCUUACAGUUGCUCCAGUCACCACAAAUGGUGGUUGGAUUUGCAACAAAGGUUUUUGGUGAUCAACAUCAGCCAUUUAGGAUCAAACCAGCCCGGCCGCCCACCAUAGAAGUACAUGAGACUGAUGCAAUGAUUGGUUACUUGAAUGCAUUGGAUAAUCUGGGAAUGACUAUUUUGGAGAUGCUAGCUCAUGGAUUGGGUCUUCCAGACAACUUCUUCACAAAGAACUUUGAAGCAAAAGAGGCUACAAUGAUCAGAGUCAACAGAUAUCCUCCUUGUCCUCUUCCAGAAAAAUGUCUUGGGCUGGGAAGCCAUUCAGACCCUCAUACCUUAACCAUAUUGUUACAAGAUGAUGUUGGUGGGCUUCAAGUUCUUAUGAAUGACAACAAAUGGAUUGGCAUCCGUCCUGUUCAGAAUUCUUUCAUUAUCAACAUUGGUGACACCCUUGAGGCUUGGACUAAUGGGAGGCUGAAGAGUGUUGUGCAUAGAGCAGUUGUCAACAAGGAGAAGAACAGGCUAUCGGCAGCUUAUUUCAUGAGCCCCUCUGAUUGUGCCACAAUUGAGUGCCCUCCCGAGCUCAUGGACCCAAUAAUCAACCCUAGAAAGUAUGAGUCAUUCACUUGGGGAGACUUCAAGAAGCAACUUUUGGUUCAAAAAAGGGUUGUUGGUAAAACGGCCCUCGAAAGAUAUCUAAUUUCAAACUGAUGAGAUGGCAUAUUUGUAAGAGUAAUGCUAGAUCUAUACAGUGUCAUUAAUUAAGAUUGAUUUCAUUGUCUACAGUGUAAUUUGAAUUGUGAUACCUAUAGAGAGAUUGUUGAAUAAAAAUAUGAAAAUUAUUUAUU